AUGAAGGAAGAGGAUGCUAACGCUGUAACCCUAUGGCAUCAAGACCAAGUUUCCCGUAGUGUGGUGUUUAACUUAAAGGAGGAGCUUGCCACUUACUGUCACCAGGAUGUUGAGGUGUUAAAGAAGGCUGUCGUUGCUUUCGAUGAACUUAUCAUGGAUGCUGUUGGCCUCCAUCCAUUCAAGAUAGCUAUUACCAUAGCUUCAUUGUCGAGCCGUAUCUUGCGCUCAAAAUUUUUGGAGGAGGGAGCUAUUGGGUUAAUUCCCUUACGCGGUUAUCGUGGCCAUGAUGUGCAGUCUUUAAAGGCACUACAGUGGUUGAAAUACGUGGAGCAUCGUGAAGGUGAUGGAGUGUUUAUCCAACACGCAGGGAACAGAGGGGAAGUGCGCUUGGGUGGACGAAUCAAGGUGGAUGGUUAUGCCGCAGCCACUAACACUGUGUACCAAUACCAAGGGUGUUUUUAUCAUGGUUGCCCGAUGUGCUUUCAACCCGAUACUGUGAACCCCUUGACGAAUACCACAAUGCAGGAGCUCCGUGAACACACGCGUGCUACAGAGCUGCGUCUCAAGGCCUUAGGGUAUAAUUACGAGGAAGUUUGGGAAUGCCAAUUCGAUGCCCAAUUGAACAAUGAUGUACAACUACAAGCCCUUGUAGGGGAUGUGGAACACUCGAGACCCCUCGAACCCCGUGAUGCCUUCUUUGGUGGUAGGACUAAUGCCAUUCAGUUGCAUUGUGAGGCAAAAGUUGAGGAGGGUGAGCAAAUACACUACUACGACUUCACAUCACUGUAUCCCUGGGUGAACGCAACGUGUGAGUACCCAGUUGGACACCCCGACGCUAUUGUCACCGAGAACUUUGAGGAUCUCCAUGUGUACAAAGGAUUGAUGAAAAUUCGCGUGUUACCUCCCCGGGACCUCUUUUUCCCUGUUCUCCAAAUUCGUGUCAAUCAGAAAAUAAUGUUCCCACUAUGCCUUCGCUGUGCCGAAAUGGAGGGGCAAGGGUCUUGCACCCAUUCGGAUGAGGAGCGGGCAUUUACGGGGACGUGGUGUCACCCAGAGAUCUUUAAAGCUCUCGAAAAAGGUUACACUGUGCUUCGUGUCUACGAAGUGUGGCACUGGGAGAAGUGGGAGCGCUUAUUCGAGGAAUAUAUCAAAACCUUUUUAAAAUACAAGCAGGAAGCUUCGGGGUGGCCCGCAUGGUGCAACACCGACUCCGACAAGCAGCGGUACCUUGAUGAGUACGAACACCAUCAAGGUAUUCGUAUGGACCCGAGUAAAAUCGAGAAGAACCCAAUUGCAUGUGGGGCAAGUUCGGCGAACAACCCAAUCCAAGACGCACCAAAUAUGUGA